AUGAAUGAAGACAACGCCCGUUUCUGCCUGCUGGCCGGGCUCAUCCUGCUCUACCUGUUGUGCGGGGCCGCCAUCUUCUCAGCCCUGGAAUACCCCUUUGAGCUGCGUGCCCGUCGCCUCUGGAAACAGCAGCUUGACAACUUCACCCAAAGGUACAGGGUCAACCUGGGUGCCCUGCACACUCUGCUGCGUCAGUACGAGGAGGCAAAUGGAGCAGGGAUCAGAGUAGACGCGCUGAGGCCCCGCUGGGACUUUUCUGGAGCGUUCUACUUUGUCGGCACAGUCGUGUCCACUAUUGGUUUUGGCAUGACCACACCAGCGACCAUAGCUGGAAAAAUAUUCCUUAUUUUCUACGGACUCAUCGGCUGUGCGGCCACCAUCCUCUUCUUUAACCUCUUCCUGGAGAGGAUCAUCACCAUGUUAGCUUACAUCAUGCGCUGGUGUCAUGAGCGUCGGCUGAGGUGUGCUGGAGUCGGGGUGGUGUCGAGCAGGGAGGAGUCGUCCGGUGAGGAGGACAGCCUUGAAGGCUGGAAACCAUCAGUCUAUUACGUGAUGCUGAUCCUGGGUGUGGCGUCGGUUGUGAUCGCCUGCAGCGCCUCCACCCUGUACAGCUCCAUGGAGAACUGGAGCUACGUGGACUCCCUCUACUUCUGUUUUGUGGCCUUCAGCACCAUCGGCUUCGGGGACCUGGUGAGCAGUCAGAGACAGCACUACGAGUCUCAGGAGGCGUACCGGCUUGGGAACUGCCUUUUCAUCUUAAUGGGGGUGUGUUGUAUUUACUCACUCUUCAAUGUCAUUUCGAUUAUCAUCAAGCAAACUCUGACAUGGAUCGUGGGUAAACUCAAAAAAAAUCGCAACCGCCUGCGUCCGCCUGCACACCUCAGACAAAAACGCUUAAAACGCAACACCGUGCAGCCCAUUUCAUCCCACUGCCCUGCAGGAAAACACCGCUACAGGGACGGCUCCAUGGAGACAGUGUGUGACAGUGAGACGGAUGCAGGUGCAGUGGCUGAUGGGGUGCGUGUGGGCCGCCGUCUGUCAGGAGAGAUGAUCUCUGUCAAUGAGUUCAUGGUGUCCAAUAAAGUAUCUCUGGCAUUGCUGCAGAAGCAGCUGAGCGAAACAGCUCAUCAGGGCCCGCGGCAGAGCUACCAUCAGAAUGGAUUCUCUGGUGGUGUUGGGGCCUUGGCCAUCAUGAAUAAUCGCCUACAGGAAACCAGUGUGGAUAGGUAGCACCACUGUGAUGUCAUUUUUGUGUGCAUUCUCUCUAUUUGAGCCCAAAUCCUUACAGUGAUUUAGAAAAAGUCAAUAAUUUAUCCUCUCAGCAUGACAAAUUUUGAGGAUCAUUUCCCUCUAAUUAGCAUCUGUUCAGCGCCUCUCUGAGCUUUUUCAGUGAGUCUAUGCAGAUAAUAGCAGACCUCCAGCAUGGAUUCUGCACAUCAAAUAAUUGAUUACAUUUUGUUCUGUGUUGAGGAAGAGAGCCAAAAGAUGAGUAAAAUUUAAAGAAUCCA